CGCUGCCGUCCUGCGCAUGCGUGCUGAUCCAGAGGUGGCGGUGAGUGUGAUGCGUGUCGCGUCUCAUCGUCAUGGAUCCAGUCUGGAGGCAGCAGGGUCGAGGUCGCGGUCGAAGUCAGGGCAGAGGUCAGAUCACUGGUGAGCCCUCAGUGGUGCGUCCUCCUGGAGCUGUGAGGUCAGAGGUCAGAGGAGCAUCAGAGGUGAAAGUGUCUCAGUCGAGGUUUGAUGACAUCAGAAGGUCUGAUCAGGCUGCCGCUCAGCGAUUGGCCACAGAGGCGUUAAGCUCUUCCUCUGAUGAUGAUGAUGAUGAAGAAGAAGGUGGAGGGAAACGAGGGCAGAUUCUUCAGUCGGCUCUCUGUCCGUACACCUCACACACAGGUGACAGUGAUGUCAGUCUUCUGGAACAGACGCGUCAUUAUUUAAAUGAAGUUUGUCAGUCUGGAGGAAUUACAUGCCUCAUCUGCAUCGCUUCGGUCAAGAGAACACAAGCCGUGUGGAGUUGUUCGGGCUGUUACUGUAUUUUCCACAUCACCUGCAUUCAGAAAUGGGCUAAAGACUCCAUCUUCCUCGUGUCCUCAGUGACCGAAGAGGAUUUUGGGAAAAAAGAUCAACCGUGGCCAUGUCCGAAGUGCAGGUAUGAAUACAGUCCUCGUGAGACGCCCAAUCGUUAUUACUGUUACUGUGGGAAAGAGGCGGAGCCUGCACCAGACCCCUGGCUCCUCCCACAUUCCUGUGGGCAGGUGUGUGACCGUGAGUUUAAACCGUCCUGUGGUCAUCGCUGCUUGCUGCUGUGUCAUCCAGGUCCAUGUCCUCCCUGUCCAAAGAUGGUGAGUGUGUCGUGUCUGUGUGGGAAAUCGUCUCGUGUCCCACGUCGCUGUAGUGCUAAAGCGUGGAGCUGCACACAGACCUGUGGCCGGACGCUUCCAUGCAGAAUACACACCUGCACAAACACCUGUCAUGCAGGUGAGUGUUCGCCGUGUCCUAGGGUCAGUGUGCAGGCGUGUGCGUGUGGAGCGCAGCGGGCAGAGCGGCCGUGUGCCAGUCCAGAGUGGCACUGUGAUCAGGUGUGUGGUCGUCCGCUGUCCUGUGGGAAUCACACGUGUGAGCGCGUGUGUCACGCUGGUGUGUGUGGAGAAUGUCCUCGCGCAGGAAACCGCUCGUGUUCCUGCGGCAAGACCAAGAGUGUGUUGCCAUGUACGGUUGAUGUGCCCACCUGCGGUGACACCUGUGGUAAGAAGCUGGAUUGUGCUUUACACACCUGCUCGAUGCGCUGCCAUAGAGGAGCCUGUGAGACCUGUAGACAGGAGGUGGAAAAGACGUGUCGCUGUGGUCGCUACAGUAAACUCUUGCCCUGUCAUAAAGAAUAUCUGUGUGAGUCCAAAUGCAACAAGACUCGAACCUGCAACCGACACCAGUGCAAGAGAAAGUGUUGCCCUGGUAACUGCCCUCCAUGUGACCUGAACUGCGGUCGAAUGUUGGGCUGCAGAAAUCACAAAUGUCUAUCAGUGUGUCACCAAGGGAGCUGUUAUCCGUGCCCGGAGAUGGUUGAUGUUCGCUGUGAUUGCGGCUCCACGUCGAUCUCUGUUCCCUGUGGAAGAGAAAGAAGCACUAAACCUCCGCGCUGUAAAGAACUCUGCAGGAAACCUCCGUCCUGUCAUCAUUCAUCUCUGGAGCAGCACAGGUGUCAUUUCGGCUCAUGUCCACCCUGUAAGCAGCCCUGCCAACGUCCGUUACCAGAUUGUGCCCACUUCUGCCCAGCGCCGUGUCAUGACAAUGUGCUGGUUAAAACCAACGACCGGGCUCUGUUGGCGGGUCCGUGGGAACAACCGGUAACUCCUGCAUUUGUGUGCACAGCUCUACCUUGCCCACCCUGCUUGGUACCCAUACCAAUAAGCUGUUUGGGAGAACAUGAGGUGAGUCCGGUUCCAUGUCAUGCUCGUGGGCCGUUCUCCUGCAGACGUGCAUGUGGACGAACUUUAUCUUGCAGUAACCACACGUGCAGUCUGGAGUGCCACCGUGUGACUGCUGCGCCACAUUCAGAUAGAACGAAGGCUGGUAAAGAGUGUGUACAGUGUGAGGAGGGUUGUUCAAAGCCCCGUCCUGCAGGCUGUACCCAUCCUUGUGCCCUUCCCUGUCACCAUGGUAACUGCCCCCCCUGCACACAGAUGAUCCGCCAGCGCUGUCACUGCAAGAUCUCCAACCUCUAUAUCGAGUGCCUGAAGUUCACGUCUGCUGAUGAUCAAGCCAAACAGCUGCUGAGCUCCUGUCAGAAUCAAUGUCCCAAACAGUUGAGUUGUGGGCAUCGCUGUAAGCUGUUGUGUCACUCAGGUGACUGUGAACUGAAUUGUGUUCAGAGGGUGAAGGUGAAGUGUCCCUGCAAGAGGAUUAAAAAGGAGUUCCCAUGUUCUCGUGUGAGAUUGGAGGAUGAUUUGGUCAUGUGUGAUCACACGUGUCAAGAGCUGCAGAAGAAACAUGCCAAGGCUCGUGCAGCAGAGGAAAGAGCCGCUCUGGAGGAAGAAAUGAGAAAACAGCAGGCGGAGCUCGAGGCGUUCGAGAAACGACAGAAAGGACGUAGAAAGAAGAACAGGAGAGUCACUGAGGUGGAGACAGAAGAAGGGCCGUGGCUCAAAUAUAAGAACCGCCUGCUGGUGCCCAUCUGUGGCGUCCUAUUGGCUGUGGCAGUGUUCUAUCUUCUGCAGCUGACCAAUGAGAUGACGGAGAGAGAGAACACAGGAUAGUAAAUGUGUUUCCUCAGUGACAGUUUUGUUUUUCAAUCAUAAAGGAAACUGCAAAGAUAAUUCAAAUAACUAUAUCUAUUAAUAUUAUUUAGAAUUCAUGAAAUCUGUUAUAGUUGACACAGUGAAAAGUGUGAUCUUCUGAUGCCUCACAGUUAUUUCCAUGAUUAAAGCGCCAAGAUUUAAUUUCCAUUAUAAAAAGAAAAAGAUUCCUUGUGUAAGAUUUGGGUGAUAAUGAUCUAACCAUUCAAAAUAAAGACAUUUGUCAUUAAUAUGUCA